UCCCACCCACCCCCUCCUCUGCUUUUUAAUUUGUAUAUUAAAACUGUUUAUUUCGCGAUGACGUAUUGCUUCAUGAAGGGCGGGGUAUGGGCGGACCCUGUUCAAUAGCGGAUCAGUUUUAUCUCUGUGGCGUAUGAUCUAGACUUUGUAUGGAGCGUGUUUUUAGUUUGUUGUUAGCUUGGGCGUAAGGUUGGCAAACUUGUGGACUUAACUACAAAGGAGCCAGACUUGAUUUCCACACAACUUUCAAGACAUAGAUAUAGGCCUACCUACCACCGGUGAUAACAAAUACUGGUGUCAGUUAAGGAGUAUAAUCAGGACUACUUAUAACAAUGUGGCUAUAAUCACAAACAUACGUUUUUCUCAUUAGGUCCGGUGUAAAGAGUUGAGCCUAACUCCAAAUAAGAAGUUCUCAUUUCAACAUAUUCUUUGUUAAAUUAAACUUUUGUAACAGCUGGAUAUCGGGAAGUUUUUCAAAAGAAAAUUGAAGUCAGAAAGUUCACUGCCUGCAUAACUUGAGUGUUAUUCAAGAAGGAUCGGUAAACAAUCCAGCAAGUUUGUCAAUUUAUCACAGGCGACGAAAUGAAGCCCAAUAGUUGGGUCAACCUAACCCUCGCCUUAACUCUGUUCGCUACAGUUCUGCAGAUUGCUGGACUGGUCAGCCCCCUUUGGAUAUGGCUGCACACAAGUGACUACAAAGUGGGCGUGGGACUGUAUUAUAGGAUCGGUUGCGGUGAUGGUGACAGAGGGAACUGCUCACUCAUCAAGACACCUUUGCCCUUCAGCUACGAUGCUGAUGCAACGUAUCACCGUGAUGAGUGGGAUGCCAUCGUCUGGUUGGAGUCCAUAGCCUCAGGUCUGGCCGUUCUGCUCUCCAUCAUGAUGCUAGUCUUCAGGAUUGGUUUUGGUGUCUGGAAGAAGAUGAGCAACCUGAACCUCACCAUGAUCAUCACCACCUUCUUCCUGUGUUCCACGCUUGCGGCGGGUCUCAUUGUGUACAUUGUCCACCACGGCAAAGUCAUCACGAGGAGUCCGGACAUCAGCACCGAGAGCUUCCCUUGGUCAGCACUCAUGUGCUUCAUCGCCUUCUUCCUUUUCCUGGUAGUGGCCGCCAUGGUACACUUCAAGUGCAGGGCCACCCGCUACGUGGACAAUGCCAUCCCGUCCUCGGCCGACUCCAAACUGGCUCUGAAUCCGUCCACCAAGAAUCAGCUGAUGAGACGCUACUUCACUCCGUCUCCGUACAGAGAAGAUCGUCGCCAAGCGCUUUCCGUCUAUUCACACACGGACCAGAGCUUCCUUCUCGGGAAAGGAACAGCGUCUAGCCGGGGAAUCGAUUCCUAUGGUGUUCAUAAUGGCGGACUGAAAGCGAUUGAGUUUAAUAAAGAUAAAUUGGUAUCGGAAGAGAUCGAUUACCACUACACUCCGGUUAUCCACACUUCAACGCUGACGACGGGAGUAACUUCCGGGGAGUCGGUACGGAAUAGCUUCACCAACAACAACCUCACCAUCCCAGACGGGGGAAACUACGGAUCCCGCGUGGUUCAACGGACAUCGGUAACCACCACGACCGGUGGAGAGUCGACCCGCGUCAACAACGUCUAUCAAGAGGACGCCGAAGCUUACAAGAGAAGGCAGGAAGAGCAGCACCAGCAGUGGGAUGUUCUGCAGGCCCAGGCGGCGGAGAGACGGCGUAGCCAAGAAACGCGGCGCAUUGUGGGUAAGGAAACCUACCUCAGAGAAAAUCAACGCGACGCCUUCUCUGACAUCGACCUUGACGAUGCGGUGACCAUCUACUACACGGGAAAGGACGAGAAAAGGUCCUCGGGCAUGAAAGACGUGUAUACAACAAUCAUUCGAACGGACCAAACGUCCCAGCAAAGGGGUCAUAUCAACGAGGGCUACGGUACCCAAGGGGCGCUGGCCAAACAGGUGAUCACCAUGCACGUGCAGCCCCCUACUCCCCCACCCCCACCCCAGUCCGACGUUACACGGGAGAUGGUGUAUAGCGAGCAGGCGAGCGUGAGUCGCGCCUCGAACCUCUCCCACUUUCGCGUCCCGGCUGACCACGGAGUUCAGGAGGGCAUCCAGCAGGCCAACAUCAAGACGGUCCAUAUACGGCCCCAGUCUCAGGAGAAGGUGGUCAUGGCGCCUGGUCAUCUCUCGGGAGAUAAGUUCAAGUACAACGGGACAUACAUUUACAGAGCCUACAGCGAAGACAUGUACUGACACUUAACACUUGAGAAGGUUUCACGCUAAGCAAUGACAUAAAGUACAUGACACAUAAAGAAGAUACUAUGUAAUGUGGCGUUUAAGUGCAGACGAAAUUACUAAGUUUGAACUCGCAAACAAGGAAAAUAAAAACUCAUUACAAUUAGACCAAGUGUAAAUACAUUGAAAUACAGCUAGAAUUGCCUAGAAUAGCAGCAGGAUAAUUUGGUUACUGAAAUCAAGAUAGUGUAUAACUAUCCUCUCAUAAGCUUAUCUCAGACUGUAUGUAAUUAUAAUGUAUAUAUGUAUCCAAGAAUAAAAUGUGCAAAUACUGAUUGAUAAUGUUGCACAUUCGACAACGCAGCAAAUGCAGUCAGUCUACUAAUUAUUCAUUGAUCUACAUAUUUUUGUUUUGGUUUAAAUUUUGAUGUAAAUACAGAUACACUUAACGAGUUUAGCUUGUACAUAUUUUAUGUUUACAAUACUCACGUUGUGUUAUUGGACAUGGUCAGUAGACGAUUGAUUGUAAUUGGGAAGCGUGGUCUAGAGGUACGUUUAAACUUGGUCUGGCUACCUAUGAAGGGGGGCUCGAGGUUCGACACCCGACUCGAGCAGAGCUGUGUUUACUGAGCACCUAAAGGCAGCACGGAAAGCCUUCUCCCAGAUACCCGCUUCCUCCCACUGGUGCACUAAUGAGAUUGGACCAUAGUUCUCUGAGUAUGCCAUAAGCAUGAAGUAGCGCUAUAUAAAAACUAUAAUUUAUUAUAUUUAUUUAAUUACAUCAUAUGACAUUAAUUAUACAGGAAGUCGCUGUUUCCAAUACGGUAAAGCUCGAAGCUUCCACUCUCUGAUAAUUAAUUUAUGGGGUGAAACAAUACGUCUGGCUAUAGGGUGUUGUAUCCUUGAACAUAAACUGGCGACUAUUCUCGUUCUUUUGUUGGCAUUUCUGAUAAGUAAAAAAUACUUAACAUUUAGUCGCAUAUAAUGUUAGCUAUUCCGGUAUUCUUCAAUCAGUAAAGUUUAAAAAGAGCAGAUGGAAAAUUGAUAGUCGCUUCGAAAUAGACUGGGUUGUUUGUUGUUGUUGUUUUUUUAGAUUCAGACGUUUUAUCCUAAAGAUUGUUGAAUCUUGGUCCAAACCUCCUGUAGGCUGUCAGGUUUCAUAAUGGCAUCCCAAAGGGGAAAAACGCGCAGCCACUCAAGCGUAACACCAAAGCGACGAGAUUUCUGUUGUGAUCUCCAAGUGUUUCUCAAUGAGCUACAACUGUAUAUUAUAUCUGUAUAGUAUUUCUUAUGUAGGUUAAUUUUGCUGAAAUGUUGGGGUCUACUGUGAUAUUUGGUGGAUAUUUAAAGCAUUGUUUCUCCAUUGUUAUUUCCCUUUAUAUAUAUGAUCAACACUAAUCCUAAUAAUUGUAAAUAAAUAUAUCAAUAUUUAUGUAAACAA